AUGGGCGGUGGUGCCGUGGCUGGGGGCGGUGGACAACACGCUCCCAUGCAACCACCCCAGAGGAACUUCAGGAAGGGUUCAGGGGUGCAGGUGGCUGCAGCGACCGGCCAGCCACUGCUGACCCCCGCUCCCAUGCAGCCCUUCGUGCCGUAUCCACACCCUCACCCCGCGCACCCAGCACACCCCGCACAGCCUGCGCUUCAAUACCAACACAUGGUUCGCAUGUACAGCGGCGGCGGCGUGGGUGUAGGUGGUGUGGGCGUGGGCGGUGGUGUGGGCGUCGGUGGCGGCGUGGGCGAGUACGCGCCGCCCGCACCCUCCCCGGCGGCUGCCUCCCCCGCCUUGUACCCGCCGCCGUCACCCGCACACACCCCGCACCCUCAUCCUCACCCACAUCCACACCCGCACCACCACUACCAACAACCACCGUUUCAGGUUUUGUGUCCCCUGAUGGGUCCGGGCGGCGCGCACCACCACCACCACCACCCGCAUGUAGCAUACCUCAACCACGCGCCGCCCACCGCCAGCCCGCCCCACCACCCGCACCCAGUACAGGUACCACCACCACCACAUAAACAUAUACUAACAUGA